CCCAGCCUGCGCUGUCCUCUGGGUCCGAUGUUAUUGGCCCCAGGCCCGGGUGCAGUUGGAGGUGGCUCUUUCCCACGGUGCACACGGCUCCCCACGCAGGUACCAUCAAGAAGAUGCCGAAGGAGAGGGCGGCCCGGAAGGACCCCGGCGUGGCGGAGGGUGGCUCCCGUCAACCCAGCCAGGAGAGCCAGGCCAGGGAUGAGUGCAGGCCCCAGAAGCAUCCUUCCGGUGUGACAGAGAAAGUUAAUGAAGUUUCCAAGCAGAACAGCGAAAUUGGGAUUAGUCAUGAUCCCCAUGUGGAGGAGAAGGCUUUGUCUCCGAGCAGGUCUUCAGAAGAUGAAACAGAAGAUGCGGCGUGCUCAAGGCGCAGACCUCUGCAGAAGAUGGACGAAAAGGACGCGCUCAGGCCACGCAGCAGUCGGCUGGAAGACGAGACCAAAGACACAAUGCACAGCGAUUUUUGGGACCAUCUUAAAGAGCAACUGCCAGUGAUCCCCGACUUCAUUUGUGCUCUUGAACUCCUGAAGGAAAUUAAAGAGAUCCUGUUGCCGCUCCUCUUACCACGCCAGAACCGCCUAAGAAGUGAAAUGGAAGAAGCUCUGGACAUGGACUUCCUCAACCAGCAAGCUGAACGUGGGGACCUGAAUGUACCCUACCUUUCUAAGUACAUUCUCAACAUGAUGGUCUUGUUGUGUUCACCUGUUCGAGAUGAGGCCGUGCAGAAGCUUGAGAACAUUACCGAUCCGGUUCGGCUGCUGAGAGGGAUCUUCCGGGUUCUGGGUCUGAUGAAGAUGGACAUGGUGAACUACACCAUCCAGAGCCUCCAGCCCCAGCUGCAGGAACAUUCUAUCCAGUAUGAGCGGGCUAAAUUCCAGGAACUUCUCAAUAAGCAGCCUAGUCUCCUCAAUCACACCACCAAGUGGCUGACCCAAGCCGCAGCGGACCUCACUAUGCCUCCUCCAAGUGGCCCUGACAUGCCUGACUCUUCGAGUGUGGCCGGUCCCUCUCCAAAUGAGGCAGCAGUAAACCCAGAGCCUCUCAGCCCUGCGAUGGUGUUGUCCCAGGGAUUCCUGAACCUCCUCCUCUGGGACCCUGAGAAUGAAGAGUUCCCUGAGACCCUACUAAUGGACAGAGACUGGCUGCAGGAGCUGGAGCUCCAGCUGAAUCAGCUGACCAUCCUUGCCUCGGUCUUGCUUGUGGCCAGUAGCUUCUCUGGAAGUGUUUUGUUUGGCUCACCCCAGUUUGUGGAUAAACUAAAAUGCAUAGCCAGGUCCCAGAUGGAGGACUUUAACACAAGGCCUGAAGGGGCUAUGCUAAUGGUGAGUGAACAGGUGUCUCAAGAAAUCCAUCAAAGUCUCAAGAAUAUGGGCCUUGCCACCCUGAGCAGUGACAACACAGCAUCCCUGAUAGGACAGCUGCAGAACAUUGCCAAGAAGGAGGACUGUGUCCGCACCGUCAUCGAUCAGCGGAUCCAUUUGUUUCUUAAAUGUUGCUUGGUUUUCGGUGUGCAGCGCUCUCUGUUAGACCUUCCUGGAGGCCUUACUCUCAUUGAGGCAGAGCUGGCAGAACUGGGCCAGAAGUUUGUCAGUCUGACACGUCACAAUCAGCAGGUGUUUGGCCCUUACUACGCUGAGAUCUUAAAAACCCUCGUCUCCCCAGCCCAGGCACUAACAACCAAAGUUGAGUCUCUCUGA